AUAAACAAUUCGAUUCGCCGCCUUUCGUGCUGUGUAUGUGUGAAAAAGGGAUGUCAAUGUAUGGAUGUCAAUGUUAGGUUAUUUCAUAAUUUGGUUUUGAUUUGCGAGCAAUUUUCUGACCUUGGAUUAAUUGCAAUAUAAGCAAAGCCGGAUUCUAGCAUGGGUGAUCCGAUCGUCAACUAUCAGUUACGCGUCAUCCUCAUAGGUGACACCACCGUCGGCAAGACGUGUAUGCUGCGUUACUUUACCGACGGGCACUCGCCCGAUGACGCUAAGAUAUACGAUCCAACAGUGGGCGUGGACUUUUUCUCUCGGUUCGUCACGCUGGAAGACCAGACGCGGCUCAAGUUACAGAUCUGGGACACAGCUGGCCAGGAGCGGUUCAGAUCCAUCACGCAGUCGUACUACCGUAACUCGGUGGGCGUCGUGCUGGUGUUUGACCUCUGCCAGCGCACCUCGUUCGAGCACAUCCCCACGUGGAUGAUGGAGGCGCGGCGCAGCAUCGAGCCGCGCGCGCCCACCUUCGUACUGGUGGGCAGCAAGGCCGACCAGGAGACGCGCAGGGAGGUGAUGACGGAUGAGGCGCAGCGGUUCGCCGAUCUGUACGACAUGCCGUACGUGGAGUGCUCGGCCGUCAGCGGACACAACGUGUCGCUGGUGUUCGAGGUGCUGGCGGCGCGCGUCCGUGACCGGAUCGUGGCCGGCCAGUACGACCCGGACGACAGCUGGGAGGGCGUGCGGCGCGGCUACAGCGCCGCCGACCAGGCGCCGCUGCGCGAGCCGCCGGCGGCCCGGCGGCGCGCCUGCUGCUAGCGCCGACACGCUCCGCCGGCGCCGCACGGGACGCCGGGGCGCUGCUCACCGGCCGCCGGAGCGGUGACUACUGCCUGGCGGAUAGAGCGCUGCCUACCGACCGCUGACCGGCUGUUGACUGAUGGCUGAACGGUGGCUGACUGACCAGCCAGCUGACUGGAGGCUGGCCGACUGUAAGCCGACUGGCAACUGAUACUGGCUGUUGGAGUGCUGCUGUCCAGCGGAUGAUGCUAGUUACCGGGGCGAAGCUCUGGCGACAACUGCCGAAUACGGCCAGUACCGUGCGUACGAAGGAAGCGGUGCUGUUAAUUCUGCCCGGCCGAGGCGCGGCCGCCGCUCGACGCGGCUCUGUGGUCGGCCGAGCGGCGGCGCUGCUGUCGGCUCCGUACCUGACUGACUGCCGGAGCGCGGCACCGCGGUCUGACCGCCGGGGGCCGAGGGAGCCGCGCCGGUGGACCCUCUGGCCGGCCGCGCGUACCGGCGGGGUGCUUGGUGGGAGUUUGUGGUUAAUGGGAAUCGAAAGACACUAGUUUUUGAUCGUAUUGUGAUGGAUUCUUGCCUGGGUACAGUAACUGAUCCCCCUGUAAUAUGCGCCAGUAUAUUGAGCCGAUUAAGAUGGUGCUAACUUGAUACAUGUCAGCUUCUUUUGCCGCAGUUUUGCGCAGAUAUAUUUAAUGUUAUGCAGAUCGAUAUACAAGCGUACCAUGAACAGAUCGCGCCUUAUUACGCAAUAUUUGUGAUUUUUGCUGAGUCAUCCCAUAUAUAGAGCUGUUUUUAUUGUUACUAUGCUAUCUCUGUAUGGUGGCUUUAAUUGUCGGCAUGAGGCUAGUCCUUUUGACGCUCGUGUCUGUCGUCCGCGAUGUAACGUUUCGGGUUUGAUUUCGGGUUGCCGUCGACUGCCGGGCCGCUCGCUGUUUCUCGCGCUGCCCUCUAAGUCAGUGCUCAGGUCCCGGUGCUGCAGUUCCCGUUCCCCUGCGUUGGCUGCAGCGCCGGGCGGACUGUGCUGUGCCCACCGCCGCGCGCAAUAAGGAUCGGUUGUUGGAGCUCGCUGAACGGCCGGGCACUCGGGGUUGCCCGUUCGUCACUCUAGUCCUUAGGACACGCGGUAGUGCCUAGACGAGCUGUGCGGCGCCGCCGGCGCGAUGGCAGCUGCCGUACCGACCCGACCCGCCGCAGUAGGAGUGUAGCCGUCCCCGAACCCACAGUGAUAAAUACAGUACGACCUCGA